AUGGCGGCUAUGCUCAGCCAGGCGAAGCCAUGUCCAGCAAUGCGAUGCUCAUGUGAAUCUCGCAUCAUUGUCAUCCUGGGCCUGAAAGACAAGAAAGGUUAUACAAUCUGCCGAAAACUUCCUUGCACAUCAACAUACCUGAAAGAAGCCAUAGCGGCAUGGAAAGGCCCUAACCCACCCGUGGUUGAGAUCAGGUGGAGCAAUGAGCAGACCUUCCAGACAUACCAUCACUGGCUCCUCACGCGUGAGGUGCGAACGAACAAUGACCGCAAUGGCACCACACAGAAUGCUACGGCUUACUACAAUGAUCUUAUCAAAUGCGGUACAUUCGGAGACCUCAUCAAAGACAACCUAUUCCAAGAUAUGAUUAUGAGCGCAUUCACCGGUCGUCUCCGGCAGCCCUCUGGAGACCAAUAUUGCUUCAUUGCCGCACUCACCAUGGAAACUCUGAAGCUAGUAUAUGAUACAGUCCUGCCCGGUUCGCCCCUCCGACAAAUCAUACCAGAUGUAGUAGGUCGGUUCGCGACCGUCGCUUCGUUUGAGAGUAUGAAAAAGGCGACAGGUCUACCACGCGACUUUAUUAUAGACAGCAUGGUCGCAGCAGUCAAGGAGCGAGAUAGACUGAAAGCCGCCCUCAAGGAGACGAGCGAAUGCGCCAUUGAGCCGGCGAAGAGGGUGAGGUUCAAGGGCGAAAUUCCGCAGCCACAAGGCUUUGCGCCCAAUGAGUGCGUAUAUCACCUGCAUAACAAGGACGGGCAACCGUGUUGGAGGGUCCAACUUCAUACAUGGUAG